CCCCAGGACCAUUUGGCGCGUCUCUCUCUCUCCGUCUCCGAAGACCUCACCUCGCACAUCCUCUGUGGAGGUCGUUUGACAACGACCCAAUCAGCGUCGUCAGUCGAACGUCUUAGGGUCGUACGACUCGACGGAGGUCAACGCCCUAACGCCUCUUAGGACGUCCAAAUCUCAAGUGAGGUCAAAGACUCGAACUGAAGUCAACGCCCUAACGCCUUAGGACAUCCGAAUCCAAAGUGAAGUCAAAGACUCGAAGGAGGUCAACGCCCUAACGUCUUAGAACCUCCGAAUCCAAAGUGAGGUCAAAGACUCGACGGAAGUGAACGUCCGAACGCCUCUUAGAACCUCCGAAUCCAAAGCGAGGUCAACCCAACGACUCGACGAUAGUCCGACAUAAUCAAUGAUGUGGACGAAGGUGGUGCUGGCAGCGAUGGUGUUUGGAAUCGCCAGUAGCAGUCCGAGAGUGCGCCGUGAUACACCAGAAGACGCUGGUAUUCCACCCAGUGGCGAUGCAGUGUCACGAUUCCGCGCGGGUGAAGGUGGAAAUGCAAAGACUCCUGGUAUCCCCUUACCUAGAAAACUAGCUGAUGUCAACCUCAGAAGAGGUCGGGCUGAUGUCAGCCUCAGAGGAGAAAUUAGUGUUAGACCUCUGAGAGGAGGACAUGCUGAUGUCAGCCCCACCAGAGGACAAGAUGACCUCAGCAUCCAGGGAGGACAUGCUGAUGCCAGUCCCAGAAGAGGCCAUGCAGGUGUCAGCCUCAGAGGAAGGCUUGCAGGUGUCAGCCCCAGAAGAGAACAUGCUGAUGUCAGCCCUACCAGAGGACAAGAUGACCUCAGUAUCAGCGAAGGACAUGCCGAUGUCAGCCUUACCGAAGGACAAAAUGAUCUCGGCACUAGUGGAGGAAAUGCUGAUGUCAGCCUCCGAAGAGGACAAAAUGAUCUCGGCCACAGAAGAGGACAUGCUGAUGUCAGUCUCAGCAGAGGACAAGAUGAUCUCGGCCUCAAAAGAGGACAUGCAGUCAGCCUUAGCAGAGGACAAGAUGAUCUCAGUCACAGUGGAGGACAUCAGCCUAUUACUCUGCACGAGAGUCAAGCUGGUGUUACAUCAAGUCGAGGAGCUUCUGCAACUCCAUCAUCAACUUUAUCUUCAAGUUCUGGUUCCUCAGAGAAAAUAAAUUCUUUUGGAUCAACUACCGAAUCAGAAUCCCGUGACCACUCUCGUACUUUGGCUCAAUUUAGUUUUCAAGGAGCACGUGCUACACCAAUUGUUGUCGGAGUCUCUCAUGAGCCACUUUUAGAUUUAAGUUCUUCAGUAGCUAUCAAAUUUGGUGGUACUGAGGAUUCUGUAAUUUUUGGCACUAAUGGGUUUGGUGAGACAAGUUCAAGCCCCACAUCUACUAGUGCUGGUGGAUCACACAGAUUCUCUUCUAGAAGAAGACACUCUGAAUCACGUUUUACAAUUACUGAUCAGCCUACAAGUUUCUCUGCAAGAAAUUUAAAAGAUGGAACUGCCUCAGAUAGAGGUGUAGGUCCAGCAACAUUCUUUAAAGAAAACUCAGGGUCCGUUUCUACUUCAGCUAGCUUGGCUGAACCAAUAGAGUUUGGAUCAGAAGGAUCUUUUCCUUCUACGUCAGGAAGAGAAAGUUCCCCUGCUGUCAGCUUAAAAGUUGCCACUGAUUCAUCAGGUAGUAACAGAUUAAGAGGACAUUUUACACAUGGUGAAAAGACUUCACCAGUUUUGGAAGAUCAAGAAGAAUUAAGAAGCAUCCUACAUAGAGGGACAGGUGCAGAAUUUGCAGCCACUAAUUCUGGUGGGAUUGGAAGCCUCUUUGACAGAGGCUCAAGUGUUGCUCAAACCAAAGAUACUCCUGGUAGAUCUAUUGCUACUUCUGCAUCAUCCAGUGCUGGGUCUUUUGGAGGUUUCUCACUGAAAGGCUUACGUGGUGUUUCUGCAACAUCUCAAGGAAGUGUAUCAGAAAGAUUACCUGUUGAAAGUUCAAGUGUUUCACCAACUCUAGCUGCCACUGGUAGAGUUGGAAGACUUUCUAUAGGAGAUUUCAACUCUGGAAACACUGGCAAAAUCUCUACUGGAGGCUCAAGUGUUACCUCCAUCUCAGUUCACAAAAGUGGUUCAAAUAUAUUCUCAGCUGAAGGUUCAGAUAUAAUAUCUGCCUCAAAUAAUCAAGAGAAUGUUAAAGAUGUUUCUAAUACGUUUAAUGUUGCUUCUACUUCAACAGCCACUGACGGAUUAAGAAUUUCCAGUGGAGACUCAAAUGCUGUUGCCAAUUCAAGGGGAAGAAUUUCCAAUAGAGAUUCACAAGCUGUUACCAAUUCAAGGGGAAGAAUUUCCAAUGGAAACUCACAAGCUGUUACCAAUUCAAGGGCCAGAAUUUCCAAUAGAGACUCACAAGCUCUUACUAAUUCAAGGGGAAGAAUUUCCAAUAGAGACUCACAAGCUGUUACCAAUUCAAGGGGAAGAAUUUCCAAUAGAGACUCACAAGCUGUUGCCACUGUGAGGGGCAAUGGUGGAGGAACUUUUAUUAACACAGAAUCAGAUGCUGCUUCUACCUUAAUUGGGAACAGACAAUUGAGUAGCCACUCUUUCAGGAAAUUAGGUACUAUCUCUGCAUCAACUGACAGAGGCAAACCAAACAGACUUUCUGUUGAAGACUCGGAUCUUUCAAAUAGUGCAAGGAGGCUUGGAGGUUUAUUAGCUGGAUCAUCAGGGCUGUCUACAGGUAGUGGGUCUGCAAGGAUUUCUGCUGGACAGUCAACAGUUGCAUCUACUUCUAGCAGAGGUGGAAGCUUUGGAAGCUUUUCAGGAUCAACUUCUAGCAGUGGAAGUGGAGCUGAAGAGGUUUUGAAGACCAACGAUGACUCUGUUACCAUUGUUGGUAAUGCAUUAAACAGACUUCCUGCUAAAAAUGCAAAGACUAUAUCUGCAUCAAGAAGAUUUCCAAUCAGAUCUACUACAGCUUCUGUAGGUGAAUCUGGUGGUUUUUCAAAAAGAGGUCCUGGUAGUACAGCUACUUUCAGUAAUGAUUUGUCACCAGGAGGAUUAUUUGUUAGAAAUUCAGGUUCUAAAACUACAGUGGAAGGACAUUCUCAAGCCCCUCCAAAUACACAAAUAUUCAGUACCCAUACCGAUGCUGCUGAUAGCAGUAGUAAAAACAGUGAUACUGCUGGAGGUUUCUCAUUCAAAGGCUUAAGAGAUGCAACUGCAUCAUCUCAAGGAAGUGUAUCAGAGAGCUUAUCUGAUACUGGCAGAGUAGGAAAACUUUCUGCUGGCGAUUUCAUUGCUGAUUCAGAAUUAGCUAAUUCUGGAGAAAUUGGCAAAAUUUCCAUUAAUCAUUCAGGCACUACUUCUGUCUCAGAUCAUGACAGUGGUUUAGGCAAAUUCUCUAUUAGGGGUUCAGAUGUAACUUUUGGUUCAGCUAAUCAAGAAAGAAUUAUAGAUUUGUCUACAGGAUCAAAUCUUGCUUCUACCUCAACUGUCAGUGAUGGAUUAAGAUUUUCCAAUGGAGGCUCACUUGCUGCUGCCACUACUUCAACAGGCAUUGGAGGAAUAAGUUUCGUCGACAUAAAAACGGAUGCCUCUCACGCUUCCCUUGGCAAUGAAGGAUUGGGUAGCUUCUCACUGGGGAGAUUAGGUACUACCACUGCACUGAGUGACACAGGCAAGUUCAGUAGACUUUCUGCUAAAGGCUUUGGCAAUUCAGAAGGAUUUAGAGGUUUAUCAGCUGGAUCAUCAGGGCAGCCUCCAGAACCUGCAGGUGGCAGAUCUGUUGAAAUUUCUGCUAGAGAAUCAACAGCUGCAUCUUCAAUUCAAGAUGGGAGUUUGGGAAGGUUUUCAGUGUCGUCUUCUAGAAGUACAAGUGGAACUGAAAAUGAUUUGAAGAACAACCUUGCCUUUAAUUCAGUUGUUGGUGAUGCAUCAAAAGGAAGCACUAGUAGUAAUGCAGGAAGCUUUUCCACACAAGGAUCUACUGCUGAUUCUGGGGGCCAAUUUGGUGUUUUUUCUAGAAGAGGCCCAGGUGUGAGAGCUCCUUUUAAUUCAGACUUAUCACUAGGAGGAUUAUCUGUUGGAACUCCAACUUCUCAAUCUUCUGUGGAAGGACCUUCAAAGGGAUCUCCCAAUAUACCAAUAGUUAUCACACAUUCUGAAGCCUUCGACGGCAAUGAUAAAAUUAGUGCUGGUUCUAAUGCAGGUGAAAGACAACCAAGUGUUUCUUCACACCUUAAGGGGCCUUUUUCACUCAGCAAGGCUAUAGACACGGGGACUAUAAUUGCUACAACUCCGAAUUCUGAAUUUACCUCUACUGGUGAGUUAGCAUCAGAAAAUGCCAGUGGUCUGGGAGAAAAUGUCGUAGCAAGACCAUCAACAUUAUCAAACUCUUUUGGCGAUGUUACUAUCAAACAUGCAAGGCAGGGUUUGUCUAGCACUUCUGGAUCUAGUUUGUCUGGUACUCUGGAUCUGGCUUAUUUUUGAGUGCUGCUACAGAGUCAAGUUUUAACCAUAGAGGCCCAGGUAGUAUUAAUGAAUCCAAUAACGAUUCCAAAUUCGCACGGUCAGGUUUAGAUACUCAUGCAAGGACUAGAUUUGAAGAAAACUCAGGAGUUUCUAAAAUA